AUGCGGGGGCCGGGUUGCGGGGGUGGCUGGCAGUGGGACCUCUCUGCGCUGCGCACAUGCCCGGUGUGUCGCACCACCACGCACUUUAUCACGCCCUCCACCUCGUGGCCCGAGACGCCCGACGAGAAGGAGGCCAUCGUGUCAGCCUACAAGGGCAAGAUGGCCGCCAUAGACUGCAUGCACUUUGACUACGGGGAGGGGGCCUGCCCCUUUGGCACGUCCUGCUUCUACCGCCACGCCUACAGAGACGGGACACUGGCGCCGCCGCCGGACUUGCGGCGCGCCGCGGACGAGGAAGGCAUGGUGCGCGUGCUGCGGCCCGUCACGCUGUCGUCCUUCCUGGACACGCCAGAGGCGCAGCGGCUGCUCUCGGCGGCGCCGCGGCGGAGGCUCGCGGGGCGGCGGCGGUAG